GGUGCCGCGCGCCGCGCUCAGACUCCGGACCCGGCGGCGGUAUCGGGGCGCGGCUCCCAGCCCGGCGCGGACUUCGGCCCCGGCUGCCGCUCGGAGCACGUUUCCGCCGGACGCCAAGCCCCGCGACUGCCCGCAGGAUGCGCGCCCUGGCCGCCCCGGACGCCGACGCCGCGGGCCCCCGGGCUCGGGACGCGGAGGCGCCGCCUCGCCGGAGCGCGGUCGAAAGGCUGGCGGCCGACCGCGCCAAGUACGUGCGGGCCCUCGCGUCCGAGCAGCCCGCGGGCGACCCCCACGGCCCCGCGCGCGCCCCCGAGCCCGUGGUGCGCAGGGUGAUCGCGCGGAAGCCGCUGCGGCCCGACUCGCUGGUCAUGUACCGGCAGAAGUGCGAGUUCGUCCGCGGGCCGGACGCCGACGCCGCGCGGGCGGGCCUGGUGAAGAGGCUGUUCCCGGGACCGGGCAGGGACAGGGCCGCGGGCCCCGCCGAGGAGGGGGCGGCAGGGGCGGCGGGCAGGGCCUGCGCCAGGGUGGCCGCUGCCCCCGAGGCCCCCGCGUCCCCGGCCCCCGCUGCGACCCCCGCGGCCCCAGACCCUGGCCGACGCCCCGCGGUCCCCGCGUCCGACCCGGCCCCCAGUAGCGCGGCCGCCGCGCGCGGGGGUCCGGAGCUGCGCGGGGCGCGGCGCGCGGGGCUGCGGCGCUCGCAGUCCGACCUCAGCUCCCGCUUCUCCGUGUCGCUGGCGGAGCUGGACUCCUUCUUCCAGUUCUGCGGCCUGGAGCCCGACGUGGUGGACGCGCUCGGCCGCGAGAACUUUUCGGCCGGUUUCGAGCGCGCGGCGCGCAGGUCCCGCUGCGUGAGCGUCGCCACCUCCGACAGCGGCUUCUCGCGGCGCAGCGACGAGGGUCUGCAGGAGGAGGAGCUGACGGAGCAGGUGCCCAGCACCACGUCGGUGGUCGAGAGGAACGCGCGCAUCAUCAAGUGGCUGUACACCUGCAGGAAGGCCAGGGAGGUCCCGCGCCCCGCGCCGCAGGGCCCCGCCUGAGCCGCCGGCGGCCGACCCUCACCCAGACCCAGGAUGCCAGUCUUCUCAUGAUGGGACAGUGAAACUUGCUGUGGAUGUUUGGGGAUCCAGGACCAUCCUCACUGCCACCAGUUUAUCCAGGGCUCCAGAUGAGCAUCAUUGCUAUUUCCCAGGAAAACAGCCUCCACCAAAAAGGGUCUGAAGGGCUAUGAAGAGAUGGGCUACGGACUUGGAGAUUCACUGAGACAUGGCCCUUGGACAUGGCUGCAGCUCUCUGUCUUUUCUUUGAGGAAAAUCUUGUUUCCAGCGGCAGAAGAAACAGGAAACGUGCUGGUGAAGAUUUUCAGGGGAGUCUUUUUAACUGGCUUGCUAACACAGAGGUACUAUAAUAUGUGUGAUAAUAGCUAAAUCGACGUAUAAAAUAAAAUGGCAAAGGCUAGAAAAGACAGCCAUGGCAGAGACCUCUUCUGACCAUCUUGAACUGUUGCAUUUAACUCAGAGUUCUGUGAUCAUGAAAAGUGUCUUCUACUUGCACAGUAUUUCCUAACAAACACAGCACACAUUCAUACACACACAUGUGUGCGUGCACACAUGCACAGACACACACAGCUUCAUUCUGAGCAUCACUGCUCUGUAAACUACAGAGAAUUCCAAAACUCUAGAACCACUUUUAUUUACUGAUACGCUUCCAAAAUCACCUGAGACCUACAAGAACAUUCUAUUCAGGCCACUCCCAUUGGAUUGUAGGUGUGUAGAAAUG